GUUUAAAAAGAUUUGUUGAUUCUCUGAAAGGAAUCAAACAAAAAUUACUAGUAUGAGCUGCAAACAAGAAAAUAUCACGCUCAACAAAGUACGUAACUUUUUUUAAUUAAGAAAUUUUCACACGGCCUUAAAAACUAAUCAGAAAAUGUAGCUUCACAGUUGAUAACCUAGAAAUGUAAACAAAACUUAAUAGAAAUCCAAAAACAUCUAAAAAAUUCUACUGUCUAACCGAAAAAUUACAAACGACACUAUAUUAGCAAGGUAUUAGCAGUACAACAGUGUGAAUAUUAUUAUGGAUCAGUCCAUAGAAACUAUUGAAUCAGCCAGUACUAGUUUCAACCACGAAGAGGGUAGGGGUUGCAGAAACAAGAAGAGACAAGUCGAUCCCGCCUGUUGCCCAGUUUGCAGCGUAACAUUACGCAACUCCGAAGUCGACUCGCAUCUAAGUUCCGAAAUAGAAAAGCUUAACAAACUGCCAACCACCAAACACAAAGCCAACGGCAAGAGUGUUCCCUGCACCUCAACAAAUGGUACGGACAAGAACAUGGACAAAAACUGGGAGACCUAUCAGAAAGUCCGUUCAAACAGACAAACCAGACAGAGGACGAAGACGCGCAAACGAAAGGCUGAAGAGACUGUGUGUCCGAUAUGCAACAGGGAAGUCACGGAGGACAUACAACUGCAUGUGGAGCUGUGUUUGAGGCGCAGCGAGGCGAACGGCAGCGAAAGCGAUGAGAACAUCGACGUAGAGGCGUUCGAGGAGUACGAAUGGGCCGGACACUCUAGAGUGAGGGCCACAUCGAUGCUUCCUGGUGGUGUAUCAUCAUUGGGGACGACCCUGUCAAUGGCUGACGACGAUGAGGAUUUAAACGUUGACGGGGACGACACGCAGGUGUACGGCACGCCUCAGUAUUCUGAAAAAGAUGUGAUUUUACCCUGUGGCGAUGCCGAGGAUGUGGCGUUACGCAAGGCUGUUACUGGAACUGAUCCAAAAAGACUGUCCUCCGAGAGAGAAGUUGGAAGUGGAGACGAGAAUGCUAUUGGUGAUCCGGUGUUGCUGGUUCUCAAGAACAGGAUCAGGGAGUUGGAAUCUAGGGAACAAAGUAGGGGUGAAGUUUACAAAUGUUUGAUCUGCAUGGAACGUUAUCAGACGCCCGUUAUAUCAGUGUGCUGCUGGCAUGUGCACUGCGAACAGUGCUGGCUACAAACUUUAGGAGCCAAGAAACUUUGCCCCCAAUGUAACAUGAUUACAUCACCAUCUGAUCUAAGGAGGAUUUAUAUGUAACAACUGUCAAUAAUAGUUUCACUUGUUUCAUUUUGUAUUUCUGUAUUAAGGGACAGUUUUUGAUUUGGAAUCGAAAAUAUUCGUAUACUAUUUUAAGUCUUACGUAUCAUGGGUAAAAUAAUAAGUUUAUACAUUAUACACACUAUAUACACACAAGAAAUUAUUUAUUUAUUUUUAUUACUUUAUAUGCAAUAAAUAUUUUUUCUUUCUA